CUUCCACAUUCCAAUCCCGGAAGUCCGUGAUCUGUGGUACACACCCUUUAUUGGCCAGUUUCAGGAGGGUGUGGCAUGCUCCAUCGUGCAAUCAGGAGUCUUAAGUACCUUUUUGUCCAUGGGAAAUGUAAAAGCCGCGUUCAUAGGACACGACCAUGUCAAUGAUUUCUGCGGAAAUCUAAAAGGAGUCUGGUUUUGUUACGGUGGAGGAUUUGGAUACCAUGCAUAUGGAAGACGAAAUUGGCACAGAAGAUCGCGACUGAUUGAGGCUAAGCUCGGGAAAGGAAAAGACACGUGGACAGGAGUUCAACGUAUCAAGACGUGGAAACGUCUAGACGAUGGAGACUUGUGCAAGAUAGACGAACAAGUCCUAUGGGAAGCUUCCUACUCGUUUCUGAAGUGACCUAGGGACAAGGCAAAUAAGUAAGGAGGAUACAACGCUGGUGUGUAUAUUAACUGGAAACCUACGUUGUUGUCUCCAGAGAGCUUGGUCUGUCUCAUUCUAGUUUUAUCACUGCCCUUCUCUAUAUAAAGCUCACAGGUCGAGAGAGACAAGAGACACCACAUAAACGAUCAGACAGUUGAUUAGAGAGAACUCUGUCGGAAAAUGGAUAACGUCGACCAAGAGUUCAACAAUUACUGGGAAACAAACUCCUUCCUCCAAAACGAAGACUUCGAAUAUGACAGCUGGCCUUUGGAGGAAGCGAUUUCUGGGUCGUAUGAUUCGAGUUCGCCUGAUGGGGCGGCUUCGUCUCCGGCUUCUAAGAAUAUUGUGUCGGAGAGAAACAGAAGACAGAAGCUUAACCAGAGACUCUUCGCUCUUCGAUCAGUUGUCCCCAAUAUCACUAAGAUGGAUAAAGCAUCAAUAAUCAAAGAUGCAAUUAGUUACAUACAAGGGUUGCAAUAUGAAGAGUCGAAGCUCGAAGCUGAGAUCAGAGAACUUGAAUCUACUCCAAAGAGUAGCCUGAGCUUCAGUAAAGAUUUUGAUCGUGAUUUGCUGGUUCCUGUCACAUCCAAGAAGAUGAAGCAGCUUGAUUCUGGUCCUUCCCGUUCUCUCAUUGAAGUUCUCGACCUGAAGGUGACAUUCAUGGGAGAGAGGACAGUGGUAGUGAAUGUAACAUGUAAUAAGAGGACAGACACAAUGGUGAAACUGUGUGAAGUCUUUGAGUCAUUGAAUCUCAAAAUCAUCACUUCCAAUCUCAACUCUUUCUCUGGCAUGAUCUUCAACACUGUCUUUAUUGAGGCGGAGGAAGAAGAACAAGAGGUGGUGAGAUUAAAAAUAGAAACGGGAAUAGGAGCUUAUAAUGAAACGCAAAGCCCCACUUUGAGCAUCGACUCUCUUUACUAAUCAUUUUUUUGUUUUCAUUUGUCUCGGCUUUUCUCUCUUUUACAAAUAAAUAAUAUGUUAUCUCUUUCCAUUUUCGUUUAUUUGUCCAUCACGAAUACUUCUUAUUGUGCGUUUAUAUAGUGUCUAUAAUAAUAAUAAUAAUAAUAAUCGUACGCA